CCGCGGGCAUCGCGGCGCCCGGGGCUGCAGCGCUCGAACUCGGACCUCAGCCUGAGAAGCUGCAACCCCGGGGCCGAGCGCGACGCCUUCUUCCAAUUCUGCGGCCUGGACCCGGAGGUAGUGGAGGCGCUGGGUAGGGACAACUUCUCCGCGGGCUCGGACCGCGUGGCUCUCAAGGUGCGCAGCGUGAGCGUGGUCACCUCAGAUGGCGGCUUCUCCAGAAACAGCAGCGGGGAAGACGACGGGCUUCAGGUGGAGGCCCUCACGGAGCAGGUUCCCAGCGCCACCUCGAUUGUGGAGAGGAACGCGCGCAUCAUCAAGUGGCUGUACACCUGCAGGAAGGCCAAGGAGACACCCGGCCAGGCGCUGCAGGGACCCGUGUGACUGCCCUAGCUGGGGAGGAGGAUCAAGGUGCGCCCUGGAAAUGCUGGGGUCGCGGGCCCUUGGGCCAGAGAUUGGAGACCCAGCUGGGUGCAGUUUCCAGCUGUGCUUGCGGUUCAGCCCCUGCAGCUAGAAGGGACCCUAGAGAUGGAGAUGCAGUGGUUUCUGGAUAGUCAAGAUAGCCAGAGCAGAAAGAGUUGGGGGUAGGGUUCUUUGUAGUGGGCUGCAUUUACUGUCCCUAUAAGUUAAUACUGCCCCACUCAGCUUACUGUUGUGAAAAGAGGGGAAUCAGAAUUAUUGAUUACUGUCAGCAAGCGGUUUCACUCCCCUGCUAUCACCAUUUUCUGCAACAAAGUGGUCCCAGAGCCCAUGACCUGUGUGCAAUGGACCAAGCUCGCUGGGGCCUCACAUGAGGCCCAAAGACAGGCUGCGGGCACCUUACGCGAGGCCUUGAAAAUUCCAAGAUUCUCCCUGGGACCUUGUCCAAAGUGUGGCAUUCAUUUAACAAGAAAAGAUCUUUAUUUGGGCAAAUUUUAUUUAAAUGGGUUUAAGGGUUAGGUUUUUUGAACUGGGUGAACUGGACCCGACUCUCAUUCUGAGCUGUCCUGGUUCUACAGCUGGGUGAUAACACGGGACAUGCAGUGGAACAGGACUGAGUUCCAGCUCUUCUGCCAGGUGGGCUGAGGCUUUCUCUGGGAAGCUGAGGCAUGCUGCUUCCCUGCUGUCUGGGGGGAGGCCUUGUGGGAGUACAGAGGAGAUGGCAGCACCUAAAGGCUGUCUUGGAGAACCAAGGAUUUCAAUAUUGCAAUAACUGUAAAAUUUUUAAAUCAAUUUUGCCUGCCAUUGAGGUACUAAUCGAAAGGGCAGCAUCAUCAGGGUUAGAGCCAGGAGUGGGGCUCCACAGACUUGCUUGUGCUCCACCCAUCUGUGUUCAAGGACGGAAAGAAGCCCCGGGAACUUCUCUGAGUGGCCUCAGUACAGAUGUGAAAUAGCAAGGAGGGGACUUCUUGUUUUCCUGGAAGCAGAAGGCUCAUGCUUGAACUUCUUCCUAAUAAUUUAUUAAAAUGUUUGCAUCUUAUACUAGCUUAAGUCCUCAAACAGUGUAGAUAAGCAGUCAAAUUUUAAAGAAACACAAAAAGAUUAAUUUGCAUGUGUUAUUGCCUUCUGGGCCUGAGAUGAGAGGAUGCCUCUGAGGGUGCCCCACACCCCUGUGGUCUCAGGGGAGAAGGUCUGGCAUGGAAAGCCGUGCUGUCCUGGGGACUCUCCUGUGCCCACUGGUGCCCAGGCCCAGUGCCAGGCCUGCUUGUCCACACAGUGCAGGGAGGUAGCCAGAGGGUAUCCAGCCUCUGCAUUUCAUUAACUUUGUGUUCAAUCAGCAAUCUGCAAAUCUAACUUUGGAGUUCGGAAACUAGGAAAAGAAAACAAAAAAAAUCACUUAUUGGGCUGUUGAAAAGUGAGCAAGUAGGUGAUAGGUGGAGUCAGAGUGUAAAUAGAGGUGAUGUAAAGAGGAUACUCACAUACUGAGGUAAAAGUGACAAUGUAAAAUGAAACCCUGCUGCCUCUCAUCCCUCAGACCCUGUCUCCAGUGCUCCAGCAUCAAAUCCUUACCUGGAAGGGGAUUGGGAUUUAGAGUGCAGAGUAGCCAUGGCAGUGUCCUCAGUUUAAAUAUAUGAAAUACAUGAGAAGUCUGGUUAGGCCAAGAACUUCUACCUUGAACAAAAACAAGAGUGCUGAAGCAAGAGGGAAAGUUCAGGUGAGUGCUGGAAAGUCCCAAGGGUGAAACAACAGGCCCAAGGGCACUGGCUCCCAUUGCCUCCCAACCUUCCUCCUGUUGGAUCCGUCCAGGGGACUCCUCACUUGCCUUCUAACCCAUUGUUGCUCAGAGCAGGGGGCAGUCCCCCAGGGCUUGCCUGGCUCCUGUAUGGAGUCACCUGUCACUGUUAGGGCCUUUCUGUCACAGACUUACUGCUGGAGACCCACAGGCCAGGUGUGCUCUGAAAGCACAAUAACCGUAGAGUACUACAAGGAAGAAAGUGGGUGUCCUGGUGCUAUACAGCUUGCGGGCUUGUUGUCUGCCCAGGACUCAUGGCUCCCAAACACUUCUUUCCCCUAAGAAGAUCCAGCGGGGCUGGAGCCCAGGCCACAGCCAGAGGGUGACAUGUGCCAUGUGCUGCCCAGCUUUCCUGAGACCGGAUCUGCACCUUCACAACAUGAGAAGCAAGAACUCAUGCUCUGCUCUUUCUAUAGUUUACCAAGACAUUUGUGUUGCAAUCCUUAAAGGUUCUUUUUGGGAUUUUAUGAACAAUUCAGAAAAUUUGAGAUGACUAAAGGUAGGCUUUAUAAAUAAAAUAAUACAGCUAUAUUUUAUGGCCAGGGACUUAGCUCAGUGGUGCAGCGCCUGCCUCGCGAUUGCAAGGUUGAUCCCUAUUACAA